GGGCGGGCUGCGGUUGGGAUCCGCCUCAGCAGUGAUGUCGGGCGGCUCCUCCCUGUCGGGGUUCCCGGUCUUUGGAGGAAGCCGGAAGGAGUCGGAGAUGGAGCGGAGUGUGGAUGUGAUCCGGCAGCGGCUGGGGAAGUACAAAUUUCGGGACCUGACGGUGGAAGAGCUGAAAGAUGUCUACAAGGUCCUUCCUGGCUUCAUCUACUCCAUGGACACCUACACGUUUAAAGACGGGUCACAGAAAGAUCUCCUGAACCUCUCGGGGACCGUUCCCAUGAAAUUUCAGGGGAACUCCUACAACAUCCCGAUCUGUCUUUGGCUCCUGGACUCCCACCCCUUCGCCCCCCCGAUGUGCUUCCUGAAACCGACCGAUACCAUGGGCGUCCGGGUCGGCAAGCACAUAGACGCUCAGGGAAGGAUAUACCUGCCGUACCUUCAGAACUGGAGCCAUCCCAAGUCCACGAUCCUGGGACUGAUCAAAGAGAUGGUGUCGAAGUUCGAGGAGGAACUACCGCUGUACUCCCUGACGGCCACUGACGCCGACAAACAGAGGGAGCUGCUGUCCUACAUCUCGCAGGUCACUGAUGGCGUAUCGAACUUAGACGUGAGUUUCCCGAGCAGAGGAAAGGUCACGGUCAUCGGGGGAGGGGACUUGGCUUUGGCCUGUUUAUUGGCCAUCUCUGCAAAGAGGGCUGCGGACAAUCUGGUACUGCUUGAUGUCAGUGAUGGUGGACUGAAAGCCAUGGACUUGGACAUAUUCUGCAUUCCCAACGUGCAGAUCAGCAAAGAUUUAUCUACGGCCACGGGCUCAAAAGCCGUUAUCAUUACCGUGAAUGCGUGGAGCAACGCUCAGUCUUAUUUGGAGGUUCUUCAGAGUAACGUGGAUCUGUUACGUGGCAUAGUACCAGCUGUGGCCUAUCACUGCCCAGACAGUGUGAUCGUCAUCGCCUCUCAGCCUGUGGAGAUCAUGACUUACGUGGCCUGGAAACUGAGCGGCUUGCCUCACCGGCAGGUCGUAGGGAUCGGAUGCAAUCUGGAUUCGGUCCGGUUCCAACACAUCAUCCGCACUGUGACCAAUUCCCAAGAAGAGGCGCAGGACGGCUGGAUCAUCGGGGAGCAGGGAGAGAACAAAGUGGCCGCAUGGAACGAUGAAGACGCUGCAAACAAUCAAAAACCUCCCGGGAAAAUAUAUCCCAAGAUCUUUCAAGAACAGCUGGCAAACAGGGCGUUGGAGGUCAUGAAAGGGAAAGGUCAAAGGUCGUGGUCCAUUGGCUUAUCUGUAGCCGAACUCACAGACACCAUUGCUCAAAACAAAAAAAGGACCCAUUCAGUCUCCACAUUUACCAAGGGUUUCUACAACAUACAGGAGGAGGUGUUUUUAAGCUUGCCAUGUGUACUGGGAAGCACCGGGGUGUACGGGAACCCCCAGAUCCUGCAAUUAGACGAUGCGGUGACCGCGGCCCUCCAGAAAAGUGCGUCAUCUAUACAAAAUCUUCAGCAGCAGCUGAAACUGUAAUUUUAUGGAGCUGGACUCUUCUACGUAUUCUACUAUGCAAUGGAAGGAGAUCAUCUCUGCAGUGCAGAGUAUCUGUGUCCUACAAUGAAGAGAUUAUUGCAGGGUUACAGAAGGAAAG